AUGGCGUGGGUUAGUUGGUCAAGAAUGUGUAAUUCAAAGUCAGAAGGGGGAAUGGGAUUCCGGGAUCUUUAUGCAUUCAAUUUGGCUAUGUUGGCAAAGCAGGGAUGGAGGAUGUUGGAAAAUCCCACAUCGCUUAUGCCACACAUGUAUAAAGCAAGGUAUUUUCCCAAUGGGGAUGUUUUAAAUGCAAGCAUAGGCAGCAACCCAUCUUAUGCUUGGAGAAGCAUUCAUAAGAGCAUAGAGAUUCUGCAAAAAGGAACAAGAUGGAGAGUAGGGAAUGGGAAGACAAUCCAUAUAUGGGAUGAUAGGUGGUUACCAACUCCAACGACUUAUAAAGUCUUUUCCCCAAGGAAAGAUUUUGGAGAUUUCCCCAUGGUAUCGGCCUUGAUGGAUCAAGAUACUAGAAGAUGGAGAAAGGACAUUCUUGAUAGAGUCUUUCUUGGUUUUGAAGUGGAGAAAAUCCUAAGCAUCCCAAUCCCUCACUGCCCACAGGAGGAUCAACUAAUAUGGGUGGGAAAUAAAAAAGGAAUUUUCAUGGUGAAAAGUACUUAUUUUUUGGCUAAGGAAAUUGUAGAAAAGCAUGAAAGAGGUGAAUCCUCAGUGGGAGAUGUAUGUGCCCCACUUUGGAAAAAGAUGUGGCACUUAAACAUUCCGGCCAAAGUGAGAGUUUUUGCUUGGAGACUUUGCAUGAAGGCCAUCCCAUCUAUGUUAAAUAUGAGUAAUAGGGGAAUUCAAGUGGACCCUACCUGCCCUAUUUGUUGUGGGGAACUUGAGUCUACUGAGCAUGCAAUCAUCUACUGUGGAGCUGCUAAAAGAGUGUGGAGCAAAUGGGAAGAAUGCCCAAUCUGUUUGAAUGAUGCCAACAUGGAGAUUGUGGACUUGGCCUUAUGUUUGCUAGAAAAGGGAACACAGAGGGACUUGGAGAUCUUUUUUGGUGUUGCUUGGAUGAUUUGGUAUAAUAGAAACCAAAUUGUUCAUGAAGGAAAUGGUGUGUCUGAGGAUCACAUUUGGGAGAUAGCAAUCCAAAUGAUAAAGGAGUUCAAAGGAAUAAGGGGCAAGGAGUUAAAUAGUCCUCAGAAAAGUGAGAAAGCAUGGACUCCUCCUCCUGUGGGUUUCUUCAAAAUGAAUGUAGAUGGGGUUGUUCCCUCUGUUGAUGGCCAUUCUGGAGUGGGUGUUGUAAUUAGAGAUUGGGAAAGAAAGGUGGUAGCAGCAAAAAGCCUUCCUCUAUUGGGUCGAAUAGCUGUGGAGGAAACAGAAGCCAUAGCUAUGGAACAAGGAAUGAUCUUAGCAAAAAACAUGGGUUUGGAAAGGACCAUUUUUGAAGGGGACUCAUUGCAGACAAUCCAAGCUAUUGAGGUUAAGGAUGUAAGAAGUGUGAUUGGCCACAUUGUGAAAAGUUGUCUGCAAAUUUUUCCAAGCUUCCAAGAGGCAAGGAUCAGACAUAUUAGUAGAGAGGGCAACAAAAUAGCCCACGACCUUGCACUGCUUGCAAAACAAUCUGCUGAGGAACAGGUCUGGAUUUCAACUAUACCGGCCUGGAUUGAAGACAUGGCGAGAGCUGAAGGAACGGUGUAA